UACGACCUUUGCGACCAUCGGAAUACGGCAGUGAGAAGAAGAUGGCGGAGGUAACAAAUGAAGCAGAGCUACUCAAGGAGAAGGCAAAUAAGUUCUUCAAAGAAAAAGACUAUGAAAAUGCUAUCAAGUACUACUCAGAGGCCCUGGAGCUCAAUCCAUCCAACGCCAUCUACUACAGCAACCGCAGCUUGGCGUACCUGCGUACGGAGUGUUAUGGCUACGCCCUGGCAGACGCUACGAAGGCCCUGGAGGUGGACAAGAACUACAUAAAGGGAUAUUACCGCCGCGCCACCUCCAACAUGGCGCUGGGCAAAUUCAAAGCUGCACUUAAGGACUACGAAACGGUAGUGAGGGUUCGACCGAAUGACAAGGAUGCAAGAAUGAAGUACCAAGAAUGCAACAAGAUUGUGAAGCAGAAGGCGUUCGAGAGAGCCAUCGCAAGUGAUGACAAAAAGAAAUCAGUCGUUGACUCUCUGGACAUAGAAAGCAUGACCAUCGAGGACGACUAUGUAGGGCCCAAACUGGAAGAUGGGAAGGUGACGUUGCAGUUCAUGAAAGACAUGAUGGAUUGGUUCAAAGAUCAGAAGAAGCUGCAUAGAAAAUGUGCUUAUCAGAUUUUAAUACAAGUAAAGGAUGUUCUCUCAAAGCUACCAAGUCUGGUUGAAAUCACAAUAAAAGAGACAGACAAACUAACGAUUUGUGGGGACACCCACGGUCAGUACUAUGACCUCCUCAACAUCUUUGAGUUGAACGGUUUACCCUCAGAGGCCAACCCUUACCUCUUCAAUGGCGACUUUGUGGACCGAGGCUCCUUCUCCGUUGAGGUCAUUCUCACCCUGUUUGGCUUCAAGCUGCUCUACCCAGACCACUUCCACUUGCUCCGAGGGAACCACGAGACGGACAACAUGAACCAGAUGUACGGGUUUGAAGGCGAGGUCAAAGCCAAAUACACAGCCCAGAUGUUCCAGCUGUUCAGUGAGGUCUUCCAGUGGCUUCCUCUUGCUCAGUGCAUCAACAACAAAGUUCUGGUCAUGCAUGGAGGACUUUUCAGCGAAGACGGUGUCACAUUGGAGGAUCUCAGGAAGAUUGAUAGGAACAGACAGCCGCCAGACUCGGGUCCGAUGUGCGACCUUCUGUGGUCCGAUCCACAGCCUCAGAACGGCCGGUCGAUCAGCAAGCGAGGCGUGAGCUGUCAGUUUGGUCCCGAUGUGACGCAGCACUUCCUGGAGCAGAACAAGUUGGACUACAUCGUGCGAAGUCAUGAGGUCAAAGCUGAGGGUUAUGAGGUCACUCACUCAGGGAAGUGCAUCACCGUGUUCUCAGCACCCAACUACUGUGAUCAGAUGGGAAACAAAGGCGCAUACAUCCACCUCAGGGGAUCAGACCUCAAACCUGAAUUUCACCAGUUCACUGCUGUGCCUCAUCCGAAUGUCAAGCCGAUGGCGUACGCCAACACGCUAAUGCAGCUGGGGAUGAUGUAGAGGCCGCGCGGCGAUGACCUGCAGUCGCUCCCUUCCCUCCCAGCUCAGCCGCUCCGGGGCUUGGUCAUGUCGUCGUUCCUGCUUAGUCUAAGGGGUUUCUCUCCCACACAAACGUCAGCUAGUUGUGGCGCAGAAACCGAGGCGUAGUUCUGAUGGGAAGAGAGCGACCUUAGACGAGCCCAGUCCAGAUUUCCUUUUUAUUCCAUCACGUUGUUUUUUUUCUUUUUCCUGGAGAAUUUCUGUUGUCCAUUUGCCUGCUUCAUGCGUGCCAUUACUGAGUUACGAAACCAACACUGCAAAAACACCAAAUAUUACCAAGUAUUUUUGUCUAGUUUCAAGUGAAAAUAUCUUAUUACAGUUGAA